CGCCAAAGCCAAAACCAAAAGCAUAUAAACGACAAAUCGGGCACGUGAAAAAACAUUAAAACACAAAAAUAAAUAUAUACGAACGCGCGUGUGAUUGUGCAUGCCUAUGUGUGUUGCGCCAAAUGGGCAUUUAUUUUUGAGCAGCGGCAAAUGUGAAGUGUAUAAAAUUUAAAAUAUAAAUAGCCAGCGCUACUGCGACGGCUACAACAGCAGCAACAAAAAACACUUACACACACUCAAGUGAAUUGAAGAAAUAUUUGUGAAAUGAAGCCACCACAAUCGAAAGUCAAGCGUUUAACAGAAAUGCAGUGCACCCCAUUGCAGUGGCUGCUCCUGCUCUGCUGCUGCCUGGCAACCCUGGGCUCUGGCGCCGAUCCCACCAGCAGCAACAGUGGCAGCUAUGGGGCCACUUUCAUAUCCAAUCCAGCCAUAUACGCGUACACCGUGGCUAAUCAGCAGCAGCAGCAACAACAACAGGAACCAAUACAAAGCAAAAACUACAUUAACUUUGCUACUGCUAAUGCCAACCAUCGUGGAUCCAGCAAUCGCAAUUUUUACUACACAAACACAAACAGCAACAGCAAUAACAACAACAAUUUUGAUGUUGACAGCACUCCGCCGUUGUUGGCUGCCGCAGCGCCGACGCCAAUAGCGCCGCUGGCCACGCAGCCACCACCGCUUACCGGCUGCACCCUGGACCGCUUGGCCGUCUACAAAGUGGUGCUGCACACUUACUGGACGCGCGAGCUAUUUCCCAAGCACUUCCCGGACUGGCGACCCACAGCACAGUGGACCAAGACUAUAGGUCGCACCCACAAUGCCAACUACGCGCUCUACCAUAUCGGACAGCCAGCCACGCCGGGAGUGAAACAAUUCGCGGAGACGGGCAAGAGCGAACAGCUGGAUAGCAAUGCUGGCGAGCAGCAGCAAAUACUGGCCCAAACACAGAUACAACCGGCUCUUAAAUCGAGUACCAAUACAGAGCGCAGCGUGUUCGAUGAGUUCACAAUGCCAGCCAUUCAGUUGGGCGCAGGACGCAGCGAGGCGAAAGUGUUCGUCGACAGCAAUCACAGUUUGGUCUCACUAAUGACGCGCAUUGUGCCAUCCCCAGAUUGGUUUAUCGGCGUCGAUUCAUUCGAGCUGUGCGUAGGCGGCUCAUGGAUUGACACGGUCACAGUUGAAUUGGAUCCACUUGAUGCGGGCACCGACAAUGGCUUCACCUUCACCGCACCCAAUUGGCCCACAGCACCACAGGGCGUCAUCUAUCGCAUUACGUCGCGAUAUCCCGCGCAUCCGGCUGGCAGCUUUUACUAUCCAAAGAGCAAGCGGCUACCGCCAAUUGCAACGUUUCAGUUCAUCAAGCUCAAGGAGUACGAGCUGAGCGAGGUGUUCAACUUUGCCGAGGACGAUCGCAAGUACGAGACGGUCAAGACGCAAACACACCUGGAAACCGAACACAACCAUGUGGAGAUGAACAACGAGCUGUCGGCGAGUAUAGAACGGGAGCGCCAAACUGAAUUUGGAGCGCAGCAGGAGACGGAGACCGAAAGGCAGAGGAUACGCGCCCAACUGCUGGCCAAAAUGAAUCCCAUCUACAACAACAGUCAACAAGCUAGCAAUGUGGUCCCCAAAAAUGACAAACAUGCGCUCAUGCAGAGCAUCGCCAACAGCUAUAGGCGCUCGGAUGCCCGUGGCGUAUCUGGAUCUGGAGUUGGGACUGGGGUCGGCUUCAACGCUACUGCCACGUAUCCAGCGCGCAGAAGGACUGCACUGGGCACGAAGAGACGCCGCGAUUGCCGCGUCAGCCACUGGUCCGAGUGGACGGCCUGCAGUAAAAGCUGCGGCAUUGGUGAGAUGUAUCGAUAUCGGAAAGUCAUUAAGCAUGGCAAACGAGGCGGGCGACCCUGCCCGGCGCUGCAGGAGUCGAAGUGGUGCGGCAGUGAGCGGGCCUGUCAGGGGUCGCAGAGCUAUUUUAAUUGGUCCGACACAUGAACGCACAGCGUGCAGGAGGUCGAGAGGACGCCGAAGAGAUGAGGGCGAAGGAACGAGGAUGAUAUAAGUAUAAUUUUAAUUUAAGGCGUAACAAUUGCUUUUUGGAGAUCCGUGAGAGCAGACCCGAAUGAGAUUUUAAUUUAAAUUUAGAUUACGAUGCGAAAUUGAUUUAAAUACUCGUAUGCGCAUGCAGAUAAAGCCAACAGAAAUCAGCAAGAAAAUUACAAUGCAUGUAAAAGAGAAGACUACAGACAAUAUUUAAAACCCAAACCAAAACAUUUGGCUGACAUACACGUAAAAUUAAAACCAAAUUUGAAGCGGCAUUUUAUCUAAAUACGUGUAUGUAUGCACGUAUUAUAAUUUGCUUACACAUCACACUUGGCUUGGACUAUGAAAUGUGUUCGGGAUGCGUAGAACAGUUCCCUUCGAUUUCCAAAUAUCAUUGAAAACUCAUAGUCUGAGCAACAAGUAUGCAAGUAUUUAGCGAUUUUAUCAAAGAGCUAAGGAGUCAUAAGUUUCAUUUACUGUAAAAAGCAGGCACGAUAUUAGUAGGAAUGUGCCACUGAAUAGCACAUAGUAACCAAAAACAACAACAAAAACAAAAAACCACAAAAGAAAACAAUAGACGUACAAAGUAAGUCGCAUCUGCUUUACAUAUGUAUGUAUGUAUGUAUGUAAUGUUCAUGUAUGCCAGGGGAAGCAAUAAAGUAACAUACACGAACACAAACAAGGUAAGCCAAAUGUAAACCAAAUUAUGAAAAUACUUGAACUACAAAAGUGUAAUGCAGCAGUUAAGCUAACAUUAGAUGUAUAACAUUAAAAUAAGUUUAUUAAAGUUACAAAACUAUAAUGGGGCAGAGAACAAUUGGGUACAGUCCCGGUCAAGUCGAAUUAAAUGCAUGUAGUUUAAAGGUACCUAAGAAUCUAAUAUAUAUUGAUAAAGAAAAUCAAACCAGACAGCUACACAGUUUGAGGGAAACCCAGCCAGUCAACGACACUUUGAUAGCCAAUAAUUGAUGAGGGUAUGGAGGCGGCAGCUUGAUCAGCACUGCGAAAAUAGUCCAAGGCCUAGCUUAGACAAUUCAUUUUCUACUUAAAUACCAAAAUGAACGUAUCAAUAAGUUUCUUAGGACCCAUACCAAACAUUAUUUGUUUGUUUAAAUGAUUCAUUACAUUUUAUUACAUGUACUACUUAUAUUUUAUAGACUUCUUGUGUCCGAAGUUUUUGUUUAUAUCUACUAUAUGACUACAAAAAAAAAGAAGGUUAACUUUCAUGCAUUCGAGAAGGUACUCGUAUCAAAAUAUAUUGGCAAGUAGGUUCUUUAAUUUUUUAAUAAUUUAAGAUGCCCCUGCAAGGCUUUGAGAUCAACAAAAAAAAGGUGUAAAAUAAUGAAAUGCCAGCGUUUAAAACAUAAAACAAUAAACACAUGAACCAGAUUAUUGCAAAUCAUAGCAUUGAAUACAAAUUAGACAUAAUACUUUAUGUAUGUAUCAUGUAACACAAAAACCAAAAAUAAGAAAAAGAAAACAACCAAUGCAGACAAACACGUGCAUAAGAAUUUUUGUAAAAUGAACGAACAAGUAAUAAACUACGCAUAAAACUGUAGAAAAUGA